AUGUUUCCUCGGGUACAUCGGACAGUUCGCCAAACAGGCCUGAUCAAGGCAAGUAACGCAGAGUCUGCACACCUUUCCGAUCCCGUACCCAACGGACUGGCCGAUUCUGUCACCUACAGGCAUCAAGAGGAAGUGAAAUCGGCUUUUGGACCGCAUUCGGGGGCCAGCAUAUUUUCGUUGGGAGACCUCAACGAUGCGGUGCAUGACGAGGCCCGUCGUCCGGAGAAGUGUGUUCCCAUUGAGAUACCCAUGUGCAAGUCCAUAGGGUAUAAUCUAACCUACAUGCCCAAUGAGUUCAAUCAUGAGACCCAGGAGGAAGCCGGACUGGAGGUGAGUAAUGCCCCAAUAGGCUUCUUGCUGUCGCUUGCCCUUCCUUACUGUCUGUCGGAUCAUGUGGGGUCUUUGGAUGUGUAA